UCCCGCCAAGCCUUGCGAAACAACAGCAGGACAGGGCACAGAGAAGAACCAGCAGGACGGGAACGGGGAGUUCCUGGUGACCUGGGCACUUUCUCCAUCAUGUCACUGACCUGGCAGCAGCCGCUUUAGGACAUGGAUCCCAAAGGAGCAAGAGGUACCAGGAAGUGCCUCUGAUCUGCACAGACCCCUUUGCCUGCUGCUGCCCCACAGGGAACAGGGAGCUGCUGAGGACCCACAUGGUCCAUCCCUGGAUUCUCCAAGCACUGACUGCCCAUCCACUCUGACCACAGCCAGGGGCCACAUCCCACUGCCUGCCCAGCAUCCAUCCAUGGAGGUGAGCACCAUGACCCCUCUUUUCACCUCACCAGCUGACCGACCUGGUCAGUGUGAGAUCAAUGUCUCCAGCAUGGCCAUGCACUUUGUGACACUGCUCGUCGGUCUCUGUGGGCUGGCUGGGAACGGGGCUUUCCUCUGGCUCCUCCAAAUUAAUGCCAUCACUGACUUUGUGGCAUUCAACCAGGCCACCAUUGACUUCCUCUUCCUCAUUUUCAUAGUCCCCUCCACCCUGCUCUUCCUUGUGGAGGAGGUUUCCUGCUCUGCUAUAAUGCCCCCAAUGUAUUUGAGCUUGCUUUCCCAGCUAUCACUGUUCACCUACACCAUGGGGCUGUUCCAGCUGAUGUUCAUCAGCAUCGAGAGGUGCAGGUCCAUCCUCUGCCUCUUCUUCUGCGUUGGACAACUUUCCGAGCACCUCUUGUGGGUGUUGAUGAGUGCCCUGUUCUGGGCCUUGUUCUUUAUUGUCACCGCUGUUAAUCCCACAGUGACUUCCCUGUGCCAGUCACACGAGCAGGAGCAAUGCCAGGUGGCUCUCACCUCCAUGUACGCCCUCAACCUCUUCCUAUUUGCUGCACCCAUGGUCAUUUCCAGCACAAUCCUCUUCAUUCAUCUCAAGCCUGGCUCCCAGCAGCAGCACAAGAGACUUGACAUCGUUAUCUUCCUCGUUGCACACUUCAGUCUGCCCCUCAGUCUCUGGUCUCUCCUGCAGCAGCUCGGUUACACGGCUGUGCCCUCCCAGGUGGUUUUCCUGCUCACCUGCAUCACCAGCAGCAUCAAACCCUUCAUCUACUUCUUGGUGGGGAGCUGGAAGAGAGACUGCUCCAUGGGGAGCUGCUGGAGACAGUGCUCCAUAGAGAGCUGCAGGAAGCACUCCUCCAUGCAGUCUCUAAGGAAGGCGAUCCACAGGGUGUUUGAGGAGCCAGAAGAGAACAGAGCCCACAGAAAUGUUCCCUCUGUGGACACGGGGGUCUGAGCCUGUUGAUCCCUUCCACUGCACCGCUGAGGAACCCUGGAACAGUGGCUGAGAGAUUCCUUGAGUCUCCUGAUCAAUAAAUCCCCACAGGGUCACCCUCCCUGUGCUGGUGCAUCCCCAGCCCCUUUCCAGCCCGCUCUGGGCUCUGAUCCGUGCUUGGGAGGCCUCAGCCUUGAGAAGCAGCCCCUGGGCUCAGCUCCUGUGGCGCUGAUCAGAAACACCCUCUGCUCCCAGGAGCUGCUGCUGUCCAACCACCUCCUGGGGUUUUAUCCACAGCCUUGGAAAUUACUGUGCUCCCCUGAAUGCCACAGCAUCCCUGCUCUCCCACUGUCACGGGAGCUGCCGGCCCCAAGUGUGGCCAGGGUGAAACAUGGCUGAGAGUGACGCCCAUCCCUUGGGGCCCUGGGAGCAGCGGCCCAAAAGGAGACCCUUGGAGCUCUCCUGGCCCAGCAGCGCUGAGCAGAAGCUCCCUGGCACUGGGGCCUCUCCAGGCUGGGAUCUCUCCGUCUGCUGCCCUCGGCUGAUCCCCGAACCCGACGGCUCCUGGGCCCAUCCCCCCAGGGCUCGAGGCCCAGCCCUUGGCACAGGGAGGAGAUGCCAAGGGAUCCACAGGGAGCAUUGCACUGCCUGCCAGGGGAAUUUCUCACAGGCCUCUUGCACUGACUCUGUCUGUCUGUCUGUCUGUGUGCACACACGUCUGCAUCUGCCAUGGCAAAUGUGGCAGUGAUGCUGCUCUCUCUCUGAGACAUCUGAGUAACACAGGACUGUAGGUAUCAGCCAUAAAUAAGGUUAAAUGCUGCUAAGUGAUAUUCUUCUGCUGAAUUGCCAAGUUUAAGGUAUAACUGAAUUACACUUAAGUUUGAGCACUGAAAAGAUUUUAGGCCAUUUUCCUUUUCAUCCUUACCCCUGCUGUAAUUUUGUCACCUGCGCUUGCACUCACACACAACCACGCACACAGGGACAGCACUUUGGUGUGCUGGUGCUUAAUAUUAAACCUGGUUUAAACUGAUUUCCUCGCUGGUGGUUUUGUGCCUUCAGGAAUUCUUCCUCUGCCCUGGCUUUGGCCUCUCCCUCAGCAGGCUGGGAUGGUGCAGCUGCAAGGGCAGGGGGAGUCCGUGCUCCUCAGCACAGCCACCCCCUUCCAGGAGCAGGGUGACACCUGUGUUUGUCACCGUUGUCUCCACGGGGCAUCGACCCCCUGCCUGAGGCUUCUCUGAGGUCUCUGAGCUGGGGGUGUUCAGCCUGGAGAAGGGAAGGCUCUCAGGGAGAUCUUAGAGCCCCUUCCAGGGCCUAAAGAGCCUCCAAGAACUGGAGAGGCUUUGGACAAAGGCCUGAAGUGACAGGACAAGGGGAAUGGCUUCCCACUGCCAGAGAACAGGGUUAGGUGGAAUAGUGGGAAGAAAUUCUUCCCUGUGAGGGUGGAGAGGCCGUGGCACAGGUACCCAGAGAUGCUCUGGCCUCCCCAUCCCUGGAGGUGUUCCAGGCCAGGCUGGAUGGGGUUUGAAGCAGCCUGGUCUAGUUGGGGGUGUUCCUGCUUGCAAAGGGGUGAGAUCAGGAAAAAAAAACAAAAGUAUUCCCAAGACUGAGGAGGAGGAGGAGGGUGAGCUCUUAAGCUCUCAUGAAGGGCUGGAAGGGGCACCACAGCACCCCAACAUCUGGUCUCCAUUAGCUUUUAUUGUGUCAUCAAGGGUGCUGUCAGUAAGAAAUGGAGGCUCUGAUGCUGAUAACCUGGCUGCAAGCCUGUCCUGGUUUGGCACUGGCCAAAGGCCAGGCACCCGCAGAAGCCGUUCACUCACCUUCUCCUUCUCUCAGCUGGGCAGAGGAGAGGGAAACAAAAAUUAACAAGGGACUCAUAAGUUGAGAUGAGGACUGGGAGAAAAGACACUCCAACAGUAAAAAAAACAGGUUCAAAUUUAAUGGUAUUAAGUAAAUUUAUUAUAAACAGAGACAGAGUCUGAUAAUGAGAAGUAAUAAAAAACUUUAAAAGACCUUUUUUUCCACCAGCCCCUGCCUUCUUCCCAACAACAGCACAGGGAGACACGGUGAGGGGAUUCUUCACCAGCAUUGCCAGCACUGCCAAUUAAACACUGUUUACCUGGAAACAACAUGGGUUAUCCAUUAAACUAAGAUAGAGGGCAUAUUCUGGUAGGAAUUAAAACAAAAAAAAAACCACUGAUAUCAUGAUAUAAUCAAUUGGGAGCACUCUGGGGAGUAUCUGUAAAAAAUCUUGGAUAUUAUGGUGUAUAAAAAUGUCUGGAGAUUGUUGUUUCUUUGGACAUGUCUGUAGCAAAUAAAUUUCCAAUAUGUUCACAA